CGGUACGUGUACAAUGUACAUUUCCUAGUGGAGUGUUUUUUUCGGUUACUUCCGGGUACAUUUUCCUGCUCAUAGCCUGCAUGCGCUUCAGUACUGUGGCCCAGACAAUCAAGUAGCAGUUACGACAUAAUCGUACGUUUCAACGAGUGCCUCAGAAAUAUGACAUCGCUUCCUGGUUUCGGCAAUUGAACAUAUUUCAACAAGAGUAUUGUCUGAAGUUUGUUGAAUCUUGAACAUCCUAAACCAGCCCUAAUCAGGCAAACGUGGUCAUCGGUAACUACAGAAUGCAUGGAAUGCCAUGACAUCGAUCACCUCAAAACUCCUAAAUUACUGAACAGAAUAUGAGGACUUACGCGGUCAUGUGUCGGUGCAGAACGAUGGCGAUUCCAUCGAUAGCCAUGAUUUUUAGAUGCUUGUAUAUUCUGACCGUGAUAUUGCAGACUGCACCAGCAAAGGGUUAUGAAGAUUGUGACAUUUUUCAUAUGACGUGUUCGUCAUCCACACCAAGCAACACUCCAGUGGUCUCCACAACGCUAGAGACCACUGCCCCGACUCUCAACAGCAGCACAGCUGUAACACCAACAAAUGCCACUGUCAGUGCGACUGAGGUGGGCAGUACGCUGCUGUCCACAACUGCUUCCCCAUCCAUUUGCUGCGGCUGCAGCGAAUCUUGUGAGAAAUGCUUCAGUCCUGGAGAAGGAUAUUGCACAGAAUGCAGUCCCGGUUACAUCGUGGAGCCCGAAGACGGGCAAAAAAUGUGUUUGCCGUGCAGCCUCAAAUGCUAUUAUGUCUGCCAAGACACCAACAACAAAUGUGCUUGCAUAGGUGAAAAGAAGGAAUGUAUGAACUGCCGCAUGAAUGAUAGUAAACAUGGAAGGUGUAGGGAAACAACCUUUCUAGACAAAAUUGACAGGGGAGGUUUGGUUGGCAUAUGUGUAGGGGGAGUUCUGGUGAUCAUCCUUGUAUUUGUUGUUUCCUGUUGUGUCUUUCGUAAAUUGAAGAAACCGCCACAGCCAGUGGAAAGAGACUAUAGAACUCAUGGAGGAUCUUUGCAGCUGGACUCACAUCAACAUUUUUCCGACUUCAGUUCUGACGGUGAACCUAUGGCUUUUGAGAACCAGGCUGUCGACGAUGACGUGUACGGCAAUGUGGAUAAUAGGGGCAAUAUGUUAAUGUUGAACAUGCCGGAUGAAAGACAGCUUAAGCAGCCAGACCUUGUCCGUAGUCCUAGCAGGCCAGCACCACUCCCGCCAGGCAAGGUUUCAUCAGCGCCGGACUUUGGCAAUGUCUACGCGAACACUGUCAUCAGCCCGAGGGGCGAAACCACACCCAUGUCAAACUUUCAACCCACGGUGCAAGCAUUUGGGGCAGGGACUGAGCAGAGCGACUUUGGGGGGCUUUAUACAAACACAGAGAUUCCAUCGAGUGAAGCUGGUGAUUCAAACACUAAGUUUCUUCCUAAAAAGAAACCUCCCAUGGAGCUGACAAUCCCACCCCUGCCCCAGAAAGUCUUGCAAGAUCGUUCACCGGCUCGCCCUUGCCUACCCAAAGUGCCUCAGGACUAUUCCACUUCUCCGGAGAUAAGUCAGGAUAACCAGCCAGCUGCCCCGGUCAUCCUACCACAACUCCCAGAAAGAAAAUUUGAGCGCAGUGACUCACAGGACUUUCCAGAGCGCCCCCCACCCCCACCUCCCUCAAAAAUGAGCCUGCUGGGACGCAAUGUGAUGCCACAGCAAACGGCUCCCCCAGUGCAAAGCAAGAAAUUCUCAAGUCUUCAUGAUGCCGCCCUCCACUCCAGAAAUGAGGCUUCAGAGAAAUUCUCAGACUUAUCACCACAGCCUCCUCUGGUGCCUUCCCCUGCCCACAAAGUAAAAUCUGGCCCUACAACGAAAAAAAAGCCACCAACCCCAACCAAGAAGAAGGAAAUUGUUCGUCAUAUCGAUGACGAAGGCAAUUUAAGGGGGGAAGUUCGGAUUGGACAGCCACCAGCCUCAGUGCCUCACCUGAAACAGACUCCUCAGGACUUUGGCGGCAUGUAUGAAGUCACAGCGCCACAGCCACAGCAAGAUUACGGCAGAGAAUAUGAAGUGACAGAUGUGCAGCAAGAUCACGGCGGAGAAUAUGCAGUGGCAGAUGUGCAACAAGAUUAUGGUGGGGACUAUGAAGUGACGGAUAUUACCUCUCAGGGAUCCUUGCAGCGUGAUUACGGUAUGUCCUAUGAACAAGUUAGGGCCCCCCCUUCUGUGCCCCAAGUACAAGCAGGGGAUUGGGGUGAGGAAUACGAGCAGGUUGAGGUUCCCUCUCAGGUGCCAGACUAUGGUGACAGCUACGAGGUCAUGCAGCUCCCCAAACAACACAGAGAAGACAUUAGCCAGCGGAAACCGAUGCCCCUCCCAAAUGCCCCAAUCCCUCCUCCCACAAAGCAGAAACCCUCCAAGACACAGGUCUAUGAGGAUGCCAACAAGCCAACCCCACUCUGGACAGACACCAAUGUUGCUAACCCAGCCAAUAGUGGCCAGAAUCUCAAGCCCACCUUCCGUUCCCCACCGGCUCUCCCGAAGAAAUUUCCAAUCGUCAAAAAGAAGGAGGAUUUCUACGACCAGGCACUGCAGCUGGACACCGGUGAAGGCAAGGCAGAACUGACCCUGGCGACAGAUGAUGACAAUUUCUAUCAAAACAACCCCAGUGUAAGCCGUUACAGAAAUGUAUCUCCCAAACAGGCCAGUAGCAGUGCACCUGCAAAGUCAGGCAGCUACAUUACAAUCCAGAAACCCUAAAGGCAAGAGGUAUCCACCCCAAGUUGAAGCACUGCUUCACAGACAAAAGGAAAGACAACUUGGUGGGAAGUUUUCCGACCAAGCUUUCCCACUCCCAAAGACUGUACAUUCAAAAAGAAAGUGGAUGUGCAUGCUCAUUGCAAUCUUUGAACAACUCUGUAUAAACUUCCCCUGCAAACUUUCACAUGCAAGCAUUGAAUUCCUACAAAAGGACUGUUUUUGUAUAAAAUACGCCCUCUUUUGUUUCCGCUCAACAAUAGAUAGUCAUCCUUUAAAUCAUCAGUCACGUCAUAAACUGACCUACUGGUAUCUGUGGAUAGUUGAUGUAACACGAACCACUGUAUCGUGUAGAAAAUCUGUGGAUGGUACGUCACUUAUUAGUGGUGCACAGAACUUAAUGUAUGGUAUGUCACUUUGUGGUGUAGCUGAUGAAAUGUAUACAAUUUUAAUGACGAGUGUGGCAUAUUUAACACCCAAGAAAAACUGUACUUCCUGGAGGUUUUACAAAGACCACACACAAAAAUUGAUUAGAUUGUCCUCAUAGUGUAACCCUUAAUCAACUGUCACUGUCAGACGUAGAUUUCUAUGACAACAGAUGUUGUAAAGAUGACCUAUGCACACUGCACCUUAUAUUUUGCAGAGAUGCAUUAGGGUGACAUACUUGUAACUGAUAUACAUGUGCAUUUUUUGUGACAGGUUUGGCAUGUGACCAUUCUAGAGCAGCAUAAUUCUGGCAUCCAUGACAAAAUGCAGCUUUUUAAUACAUGUAUCAGUCAUUACCUGAUGGGGUUUACACCCCCCCAUGGCCCAACUUUUUGACUGUGAGGGUGGGGGAUGACCCAUUUAAUUAACCCCUCCCACAUUUUGGUGGUGAGAAACAAAAAUCCUCAGUUGAAAUAAAAUUAUAAGCCUGUUUGACAAAAGAAUUAGGAAUGUAUUUCUCAAAUAUGUGCCCCCUUGUGUAAUCGUUGUUCACCAUCCCUCCCUCCUCAUGCCAGAUUUAUGCUACUGUCACUGGUCAGGUACCAUGUGAACUAUGUGAAAGGAAAAAUUAACAUGCUUUCUGUCAUGGUGGCCAGAGGUCACAACCAAUUCCCAAGGACUUAAGUCAACUUCCCAGUUGUACAUUUAAAAUUCACAUAAUGUUAUGCCACAUGAAUUUCCUAAGGUGGGUAGAAUCAUGUGCAUUUCCAUGCUGAAAUAAAUUUUAACAUUGCAUGUAAAAAAGUGGUUCUGUUGUAAAUUGUUCAAAAUAGACAUGCAUAUAACUUUCGAAAUUUGAAAUUUUUGAAAUUGGAAUGUUUGAAAUUGCAAAUAUUGUGUAUUUUUUCUAAAAAAGAAUGCUUUCAAAAAGAUGUUUUGUACUAGUAUUUUAAUAUCUUCUGUUUGAGAUUAUGUGUAAACAAGCUAUUAACCGUGUACAUUUAAUUAACGAGGAUGUCAUUGCAUUUCAAAUGGAAAUACAUGUAGUUUUAUUAUACCAAUAUUUUUUCACCAAAUUUUUUGUUUUUGCUGCAAGAGAAAUUUAUUAUAAAUGUGAAACUACUUGCAGAAACUAAUGCAUAUCUGUUGUACUUGGUUUUACCUUUUGUAAGAGCAGCUUGUGUAAAGGAUCUCUGUAUUAUCAAGUGUAUGAAAAUUAUUAUUUGGUCAUGUUGUAAGCAGCCUUCUAUUUCAUCCUGACAGAGGAUCUAAAAAGUGAAGAAAUCUGGAAGGCUAAGAAUAAAUUUGUCUGAAAAUGAAGGGAUGAAACUUGAGAAAUGUUGGGAAAUAUGUGUAUACAAACAAAUCUUAGAAAACGUUUGGACAGUUUGUGACUGCAUACAUGUGUUAUUUUAACUGUGACAGAAUUUUUAGAAAGCCAUCUUGCCUCCAACCCCUCCUCAAAAAACUAGAAAUGGUUUUUCUAUGUGACCUGUUUCCUAGCUUAGGUGUGCAGGAUGUAUUGUAUGUAUAUUGAACAGUUCUGUCACAUAUUACACAGCAGAAUACACAAAAUGUAUGAAGCAAUUAAAUGUGUGCCACAUCAAAAGUGCCCAAAGAGGUACUGUACACAUUGUGGUGAAUAUACACAGAGUUGCUUUUGGGAAGUUAGAUUAAUAUUGUUACACAUGAGAUUGACAUUUGAAAAAUACUUCCUUGUUUGAUAAGUUGGUGUCUUGUAGAUCUUGUUUCUGUUUAAAAGAAAUGCACUGUUCUGUGAAAAUGCAACUAUAUGUACACUUCCUUUGCAGUAUACUUUUUGGAGCCGAUGUGCUUUCACUUUAAAGGUGAAAUUUACCUUCAGGUGAAAACUUUCCCAAGGUGAAAUGUCAGGCUUGAUUGUAGGUUGAUUUAAAGAAUAUCAGUACUGUAGUAUUGCUAAUUAGGAUGGUUAUAAAAGCUACUUAAGAAUUAAGUAAAUCUUCUAAUGCAGCUGUCUGUUAAUAUUCUUUGGUUUGCGGUCAUAGUAUCAUUUUCUGUUUGGGGGUCUUUUAUGCAAAUUUCAGUUCAAAUAUUCUUGAGCAAAUGAGUGAUGUUAUUUCAGUUACAGAAGACUCAGUGUCAUGUGAGUGGCUCGCCCCCCAAAAAUGCCAGAAAUUUUGACUUUUUUCAGCUGAGGACAUUUUUGUGUUCGGUACUUUCUUGUCUGAUUAGCAUGACAGCCAAUCAGAAAGAGGUACAUUAGCUGUACAAAAACAAAACAAAAAAAGAAUCGAGGAGUGCUUCAAAUAGCAUGCAUUCAGUGAUGUUUGUUGGGGAUUGAGUGCAUCAAUUGACAGAACCAAAAUGGUGGAUUAUGCAUCAGUACAAACAUUUAGCGCACAAUAGAUGCAUGCUGUACUGCACACAUAAUGAUCGAAUAGCCAUUUUGGUUCCAAAGUCUGAAGUUACACUACGUUGAAUAAUGUAAGAGUUACAAUGAAUAUUCGUGCAAUAUUUGCAUGCUACUUGUGGAACGUUAUUGAGAGACAGUCUCUCUUGAUCUGUAUUUCUUAUAGGUUUCCUUUGUAAAUAUUAUCAAGUGAUAGAUUCUCAAUAUGUACACACUUUGAUGAUGGGGGAUCUCAUUUUGCCUUAGGUCUCUGACUUAUAAUACAUGUAGUAAUACAUCCUGAUGUAAUACAUCCUGCAGCUGUUUAAACUCUAAGCAUGUGUUUUACAGACUUUUACUCAGUGCGCUUCUAUGCAAACCAUUGAACAAAAGUAGUAGAAAAAUAAAGUAUGACAGUCACCUUAUGACAAGUUA